AUGCCUCCACGUUGCUCAGCUGUGCAAGGCACGUUGACGCCAUUUCUGUACCCAUUCCUAUUUUCAAAUACAUCUAGGUUGGUCCAGCGAAGCCCCAGAAUUCACAUCAAUGCACUGCGAAGACAAAGUACCUCAUACGAAGAACUUGCCUCUGAGUCAACAUCCGAAGAAUUUGAUCGCCUCAAUCCUCCUCCUUCCGAUUAUUCGCGAACGAUAUUCGCAGACAAAGCAAAAAUAGAUGUCUAUGCAGGUGCUGGUGGCCAUGGUUGUAUCUCUUUUUUGCGGGAAAAGUAUAUAGCUGCUGGCCCUGCAAAUGGAGGUGAUGGAGGUACUGGUGGAAAUAUAUACAUACAAGCUGUGCGAGGGGAAACAAGUUUACAUAAGCUUGCAAGACGUCGGAAUUUGAAGGCGGGUAGGGGGAAAAAUGGUCAAGGAAAAACGAAAGGUGGAGAGAGAGGGACUGAUAUCAUUAUUGAAGUUCCUGUAGGUACUAUUGUACGAGAGCUUGAUCGACAUGAUCCAGCGGCCAUUGAGGAGGCCAGGAUACAAACGGAAGCUGGCAAAUUGGACGGUCACGAUCUAGAUGGUCCUUAUAAAUGGGAUCGAGAAAGAUGGUUACUAUACCCGGCUAUCACACCUGAAGAGAUCGCUACUGCCGAAUUUCCUUCAUUGCCAAAAGCAAGAAAGUCAAAUUUAGCUGCUGCUCAAGUGAAGGGCCCUAUUUCGUUAGAUCUUUCCAUGCCUAUGGAACGACCAUUGCUCUUGGCCGCAGGUGCUGUAGGAGGUUUGGGGAAUCCACAUUUCGUCACUAAACAAGUCCCAAGACCAAAGUUUGCGACCAAGGGUGAAGCGGGGCUACGAAUUACCUUGGAGCUCGAACUCAAACUUCUUGCCGAUGUGGGACUUGUUGGACUUCCUAAUGCUGGAAAGAGUACUUUGCUACGAGCUAUGAGCAAUAGUCGAACGAGAGUUGGAGAUUGGGAGUUCACUACUUUGGAGCCGAACAUUGGAACUGUAGUUAUUGAUGACAAUAAAGGAAGACCUCUAGCUCAAGUGAAUUAUGAAAACGGCGAACCAAGAACAAAUUUUACAAUUGCAGAUAUUCCUGGAUUGGUCGAGGAUGCUCAUUUGGAUCGAGGCCUUGGUAUAAGUUUCCUACGUCAUGUUGAGCGAGCCCGAGUACUUGCUUUUGUCGUGGAUCUCGGAAAGGGCAAUGCCGUAGAAGCUUUGAAAGGCUUAUGGCGAGAACUCGCUGAGUAUGAGCGAAUGAAGAUUGAAGAGGAAAAAGAGAAGGCGAACCCAAUUGUGGAGUGGACUCCCUUCACAUCUGUCGAGGAUGCUGUGGCAAAUCGAUCUGAAACAAUUGUCAUUAAUACUGGACCUACUUUUGAGAAAUCCCCUCGCACCUAA